UGUUUAAUUUGUUUUUCAUCAGGUGGGGCUGAAAGGUGAAGCUAUGAAUCUUGCAUUUCCAACCAACACUCCCUCUUUUGGGUGGAUGGAUGCGUCUUUAACUGUACAGAAGCCUCAACCUUUGACAUGGCACAAGACUUAUUUUGAUGCACCUGAAGGAAACGAGCCGCUUGCUUUGGACAUGGAAGGAAUGGGAAAAGGUCAGAUUUGGGUGAACGGUGAGAGCAUUGGGAGAUACUGGACAGCAUUUGCGACUGGUGACUGUGGUCAUUGUAGCUACACCGGAACAUAUAAACCAAACAAAUGCCAAACCGGCUGUGGUCAACCUACACAAAGAUGGUACCAUGUUCCGAGAUCAUGGUUAAAGCCGAGUCAAAAUCUGUUGGUUAUAUUCGAGGAGCUUGGUGGAAACCCAUCAACCAUCUCUUUGGUCAAAAGAUCAGUAUCCGGAGUUUGUGCUGAAGUUUCUGAAUAUCACCCGAAUAUCAAGAACUGGCAAAUCGAAAGCUACGGAAAAGGACAGACAUUUCAUAGACCUAAGGUUCAUUUGAAAUGUAGUCCAGGUCAAGCUAUUGCAUCUAUCAAAUUUGCCAGCUUCGGGACUCCUUUAGGAACCUGCGGGAGUUACCAACAAGGAGAGUGUCAUGCCACUACCUCAUACGCUAUCUUAGAGAGGAAGUGUGUAGGGAAAGCGAGAUGCGCAGUGACGAUAUCUAACAGCAAUUUCGGGAAAGACCCGUGUCCGAAUGUGCUGAAACGGUUGACAGUUGAAGCAGUUUGUGCCCCAGAGACAUCUGUAACCACUUGGAGACCUUAAAGAGAACCAUUGAGCGAGCCAUUUGACUA